UUUAGCACUGUCAGAUCGGUGUGCAACAUCUAUACUUUUGUAGUUCCGUAUGUAGGAGCUAGACAAUAGGAGAAAGCUUACAUAUAGAGAGAAGUAAACAAUUAGAUAUUAGGAAGUAUUAGGUUUUUUUUAAAAAAGUUAAAGACUCUAACCAAGAUAUGGCUGACAACAAUGUGUCCCAAGUUAACACAAAUCCAGGAAGAGCAGGCGAAAUCUUCACCGGAGAUAGUAAUCACACGAUGCCGAUUAUACAAGAGGAUCCUGAGGAGCCAGAGCGUUGCUGCUGGAUCUGUUUUGCCACCGACGAGGACAACCGGCUGGCGGCAUGGGUGAAGCCUUGCCAGUGCCGUGGCUCUACCAAAUGGGUGCACCAGAGUUGCCUUUAUCGCUGGAUUGAUGAAAAAAUGAACAAUGAGAAUGAGAAUAAUGAACCACCGGCACGUUCCGUGUCCUGUCCGCAGUGCCUGACAGAAUACAUUCUAGAAUUUCCGCAAAUGGGCACCGUCGGCUUAGUCCUGGAAGCACUGGAGACUUUUAUGUCACGGAUAUGUCCCUACCUGAUGGCUGGCUUCUUUAUCUCUGCGGUCUAUUGGACAGCCUCAUCGUUUGGUGCGGUUACGUUAAUACAACUUCUGGGCUAUGAACAAGCCUUGCCCUUGAUGCAGGCCUGCGAUCCCCUAUUCCUAGUGUUUGGAUUGCCUUUCAUUCCCAUUGGCCUGGUGCUAUGUCGCCUGAUUUGCUGGCAGGAUGCUGUGCUACGUGUGAUACAGGGCCGCGAAAUUGUGGAGGACGAAAUCCAGGAGCUGGAGGAGCAGCAGGGAAUUUUUAGAUAUCCAACCGUACCGAUAGUAUCCGAACCUCCAACGGCCGCUCGUGUUUUCUUUGGAGCAAUUUUAUUGCCAACCAUUUCAUGCGCUGUGGGAAAAAUAUUGUUCAACUCGGUGGAGACCACAUUUUUACGCACUCUGCUCGGUGGAUUUACCUUUAUCGCGGUCAAGGGUAUCCUUAAGAUAUAUCUCAGGUAUAAGCAAUAUGUUAGACGCAAGAAUCUUCGCAUCAUGGAUUACACUGAGGAGAAUAUACGCACUUAUAUGCCCCAAAAUAAUGAUGAUUUCGAGGAUAUCGAUAUGAAUAUAGACAUAGAUCAGGAUUUGGAUAUAGAUCAAGAUUAGCCUAAUCAGAGUUUAUAUGAAAAUGAUAUUUUUCUACAAUUAUUAUUUGCGUUUCAAGUUAAUUCUCAUGCCAAACGUGGAACAUAUUCUUCAAACUUCUCUUUUGGCAAUCAAAAAUCUUUUCCAAAUGAAUCUUUUUGAGCUAAAUUUAUUGUUAUAAAAAUUAACAAAGUACAAAUGUGUAGUCUAAAUAAA